AUGAAAAAUAACAAGAGAGGAUUAUUCAUAGUUCUUGAAGGAUUAGAUAAAUGUGGCAAAUCUACAUAAACUGAAUUAUUAUGUGAAGCUCUUGAAGCAAAAAAAAUGCAAUUUCCAGACAGAAGUACUUCGAUGGGUUCAAUCAUAUCAGAUUAUUUGAAAGGAAAAAGAGAUAUUAAUGAUUAAGUGAUUCAUCUUUUAUUUUCAGCAAAUAGAUGGGAAGCUUAGUAUUAAAUAUAAAAAUAAUUAGAAAUACCAUAAUCGAAACAUUAAAUAAAGGAAUCAAUAUAGUUUGUGAUAGAUAUGCAUAUUCUGGAGUGGCAUUUUCUUCUGCAAAAGGACUUCCAAUUCAAUGGUGUAAGCAAUGUGAUUCAGGUUUACCAAAACCAGAUCUAGUAAUAUACUUAAGAGCCCCAAUCAAAUAAUUGAAGGAUAGAGGUGAUUUUGGAGCAGAACGAUAUGAAAAAUAAGAAUUUUAGUAAUAGGUUUAAGAAGUUUUUGAUAAAAUGGCUCAAGAAGAAUAAUUUAAUAUUAUUAAUGCUUUAUAAACCAAAGAGGAAAUAUUUAUUCAAAUCAUGGACCUUAUUAAUGAUUAUAUUUAGAAUGCAUUAAUUAAUACAAUAGAAUAACUUUGGAGCUGA